AUGCCGGAGGCCUCUCGCACGAAGAACAAGCUUCUCUUAGGCCCGUUUCAAGGGAAACCUGCGUGCCAAUGGAUUAAUUUUGGAAAAGGCGUCUGUGGCACUGCGGCUGAAAGAAGGGAAACGGUGAUCGUGCCUGACGUGCUGAAUUGGGAGGGGCAUAUUGCUUGUGAUGCGGAUAGUAGGAGCGAGAUUGUCGUUCCCAUUUUGGUGAAUGGAGAGACCGUUGCAAUCAUCGAUAUAGACUGUGCUGAGCCUUCUGGGUUCGAUGAGGUUGAUAAAAAUGGCUUGGAGGUGCUUGCGGCAGUAUUGGCAGAGAGCUGCGACUGGUGA